AAGAAUUUUAUUUAUUUUUUUAUAUUUAUAACAAAUAAAAUGAGUGGAGGCGUCUAUAAAGGUAAGAGUUAUCCCCUUUGGCCACUCAAUUAAUCAGUCGUCAGUCACAAGUUUUGGUAGUUAUCCGUCAGAGGGCGCUUUACGCUUUGAAUUUAUUUACAAUGGUGCAGAAAGGCACUCGUGAUUGUGCUCCAUAUCUUCAGUUCCAAAACUGUAGAAUUAUUGCUGAUAAUGAUCUUAUAAGAGAGGACUUGUGGUGCCAGGAUGGAAAAAUUGUUAACCCAGAAAAAGUCUUCUUUGAUGAGAGAGUUAUUGCUGAUGAACAGAUUGAUUGCAAAGGUGCCAUAAUUAGUGCUGGCUUUAUUGAGGCACAGAUAAACGGUGCCCAAGGUAUAGAUUUUUCACUUGAGACAGAAAAUGUUGAGCUGGGAUUGAAAAAGGUUUCAAAGAAGUUACUGGAACAUGGAGUCACAUCCUUUUGUCCCACAAUUGUUUCCUCAACCCCUGACAAAUAUCAUCAGAUUUUGCCACAUAUGAAGAAAUCGGAAGGAAGUAAAGAAGGUUCUGGAAUACUUGGAGUUCAUUUAGAAGGGCCGUUUAUCAACGAGGAAAAGAAAGGAGCCCACUUAAAUCAGUGCCUUAGAACAUUCCAUAACGGACUACAAGAUGUAUUAAAUGUUUAUGGACACCUCGACGAUGCUGCUAUCAUAACUCUAGCACCUGAGCUUGAUAAUUCAAGCCAUGUUAUCAAAGAACUCUCACAAAGAGGAAUUACAGUUUCUUUAGGCCAUUCUAUGGCCAAUCUUGUACAAGGAGAAAUUGCUGUUCAACAUGGUGCUUCCUUCAUUACCCAUUUGUUUAAUGCCAUGCUGCCUUUCCAUCACCGUGAUCCCCAUUUGGUAGGACUAUUGACGAGUGAGAAAAUUCCAGAUAACCGUACCAUAUACUAUGGACUAAUAAGUGAUGGAAUUCAUACACAUCCAGCAGCUUUAAGGAUUGCUUACAGAGUCCACCCCAAAGGACUUGUGAUAGUCACUGAUGCUGUUCCAGCAAUGGGACUACCUCCUGGUUUACACACAAUUGGUCCACAGAAGGUUGAAAUAAAGCACAACAGAGCUGUCCUGGCUGGCACCGAAACAUUGUGUGGAAGUAUUGCUUCAAUGGAUAAAUGUGUCAGGCAUUUCUUCAACUCAACAAGUAAGUCAUAUUAUUCUUGCAUUCUUAUUUUCAAAAUUAUUUGUCUCCAGGCACAGGAGUGGUUGUGUGAAGUUCUUGAAAUGAAGAGGUGCUCAUGUGGCUGUUGCCAUUUCCCCAUAUGGGAGGUCUUUUGGGACCCUUCCAUCUGGCAUGCGAUGGACAUAACCGAACCAGCACAAAUGACCCUGCUGGAGCAGUGUGAGUAUGCUGGGUAUCUUGGCGCAGUUGAAGACAUGGGUGUUGGUGAUGUCAUUGGUCCACUUGAUAUCCAAGGUGUGUCUCAAAUCAGGAAGGUGAAAGAUAUUGAGAUGCUGCUCCUGUCUGGAGUAGAGGUUCUACGCCUCAUUGCUGUAGUGUAG